AUGGCAAAGUUAUCGCAUACGGAUUCUAGACGAAUGUAUUCCUGGUGGUGGGACAGCCAUAUUAGCCCGAAAAACUCGAAAUGGCUCCAGGAAAAUCUCACAGAUAUGGAUUCCAAAGUAAAGUCAAUGAUAAAGCUGAUUGAGGAAGAUGCUGAUUCUUUUGCAAGGAGGGCCGAAAUGUAUUAUAAGAAGAGACCGGAGCUGAUGAAAAUGGUGGAGGAGUUCUAUAGGGCUUACCGAGCACUGGCCGAGAGGUAUGAUCAUGCGACGGGCGUCAUAAGGCACGCCCACCGCACCAUGUCGGAGGCCUUCCCCAAUCAAGUGCCGUUGAUGUUUGGUGACGAGUCCCCAGCGAGUGCUGAUCCCAAGACUCCUGAUAUAUCGACCCCGAUUGGAGAAUUCGCUGAUGAGUCUGAUUCUACCACUGAAAAGAAGAUUCUGAAGCAGUUCAACGACCCUAUCCGGUCUGUCGAGCGCGUAAGAAGGGGUCUCAAUUUCAGUGAGGCCGAGGAGAAAGAACUGAGCAAUGGGAAUAGCUAUACCAAGGAUAAAAAUUCGUCGAAGUCUGACAAGGAAAGCAAGUCACAGGAGAUUUUAUCGUUAAAGGAAGCACUUGCCAGACUAGAAGCCGAGAAAGAAGCUGGCCUUGUUCAGUACCAGCAGUCUCUCGAUAAACUGUCUCAGCUCGAAACUGUGAUCUCCAAUACCCGUGAGGAUUUCAAAGUGCUCACCGAUCAUACGAAGGAAGUAGAAAAUGAAGUUGCCAUCCUUAAGGAAAAAAUCACCACUUUAGAAGCCGAAAAGGAGUCGAAGCUUCAAGACUACCAAAAAAGCGUUGAUGAACUCAAUGAAAGAGCCAAUACUGCUGAAAUCGAAACCGAAUCCCUGAAAGCCGAACUUGACAAGCUAGCCACCGAGAAGGAUGCCGCUCUCGACCAAUAUCUGCAGUCGUUAGAGACAAUAUCCAAUCUGGAGAAUAAGUUACGGCUUGCCGAGGAAGAUGCCGCGAGAUUAAAAGAGAGGGCCAGAAAAGCCGAAACCGAAGUUGAAACUCUCAGGCAAACCAUAUCCAAACUGACCGAAGAAAAAGAAGCUGCGGCCGAGCAGUAUCAACAAUGUUUGGAUAUGAUUUCAAAUCUUGAGCAAAAACUUGUGGGCGCCAAUGAGGAAGCCAAACGCCUAAAUGUUGAGGUCGAAACUGGAGUCUCGAAAUUGAAAAGCGCCGAAGAACAGUGUCUUCUGCUAGAAAGGUCAAAUCAGUCCCUUAAUACCGAGCUUGAAUUGUUGAUGCUGAAAUUUGGGACCCAAACACAAGAGCUUACCGAAAAGCAGAAAGAACUAGGGAGACUUUGGGCUUGCGUGCAAGAAGAACGUUUGCGAUUUGUGGAGGCUGAAACUGCUUUCCAGACUCUGCAGCAUUUGCACACGCAGACUCAGGAGGAGCUGAGAGCUACGGCUUCCGAGCUUCAUAACAGGGCUCAGCUUCUGACAGCUGCUGAGUCCCAAAAUCGGGUUUUGCAGGAUGAGGUCGUGAAGGUUAAGGAGGAGAACAAGCAGCUUGACGAGUUCAAUGCAGCAUCUGUGUUGUCGAUAAAAGACAUGCAGAACGAGAUUUCUAGCUUAAUGCAAUCCAAAGGGAAACUUGAGGAAGAAGUUGAGCUCCGGCUUGACCAGAGGAACGCGCUUCAGCAGGAAAUAUAUUGUCUGAAAGAAGAGCUGAAAGAUCUGAAUGGGAAGCAUGUCUCGGUUUUGGACCAGGUGCAUGCAGUGGGCCUGAACCCGGAAUCCUUGGGUCUGGCAGUGAAGGAACUGUGGGAUGAGAAUUCUCUUCUGAAGGAGACUUGUCAGAGGGAGAGUGGCGAAAAAGCAGCACUCUUGGAGAAGCUGGCAGUUUUCGAGCAGCUCCUUGCGAAGAAUUUGCUCCUAGAAACUUCGCUCUCGGAUUUGAAUGCUGAGCUGGAAGCCGUAAGAGGAAAGAUAGAAGAGCUGGAGAACACGUGCCGAGUGCUCUCGGAAGAGAAAUCGACUCUUCUUGAAGAGAAAUUCAUGCUUGCAUCACGAUUCGAGGAGACGAACAUGAAUCUGGAGACUCUCUCCAAGAACAACACUGUUCUAGAGAAUUUGCUUUCCAACGUGCACCACCAGCUCGAAGCAUUGAUGGCUAAAUCGAAAGUCUUGGAAGAUUCGUGCCAGUUGCUUGUUGAGGAGAAGUCUGGGCUGAUGAGUGAGAAAGAUGGGUUGGUUUCUCAGCUGGAGAACACGCGGACAGAGCUUGAUCAUCUCGGGGAACUCUAUGCGGAACUUGAAGGGAGAUGCAUAAAUCUGGAGAAAGAGAAAGAAUCAACUCUUAGAAAAGUUGGUGAAUUGAAUAUGUCUUUGGACGUAGAAAGGCGAGAAAAUGCAAAAUACAUUGAGAUGAGCGAAACGCAGUUAAAUGAAGUUGAAGCUAAGGUGUGCCUUUUACAAGAAGACUGCCGACAGAGAAAGAUAGAACUUGAUCAAGUGCUAGACAACGUAAUAUGCAGUGAAAUCGAGAUAUUCGUCUUGCGCACAACUGUUCUGGCGCUGAAAGAAAAUAACUGCUCGUUGUUCGUUAAGAACCAGAAGCUCUUGGAAGAAUCCAGUUUCUCAGAGAAGAAGAUUUCAGUGUUAGAGCAGAAGAAUACAGAGCAACAAUCUGAAAUCAGAUCUUUGACGGAUCAAGUUAGUAGUCUGAGGGUGGGACAUCGUCAGUUGUUGGGAGUUCUGGACAUUGUAGACAACUGUGCAUUUGAGGAUAAAGCUCAACAAGACCAGUCUUAUGUCAGACAGUUGUUUGAUAAACUUCAGACUUUGAAAGAGUCCCUCAGAAAAUCCGAUGAAGAAAAUCUGUGGUCGUCUGUUGAAUUGUCGGUUCUUGUAGCAUGUAUUAGGCAAUUAAUACUCGAUUCCAAAAGUCUUGAGGCAGUCAAAGACAAAAUAGAGCAUGAGAAAGAAGCACUGUUAAGUCGGGUUGAGGGUUUAAAUGUGAAGCUGGUGGACAUGCAUAGAGAGAAAUCUGAAACUGCACUGGAGAAGAGAUCCUUAAUGGAUCAUAUCCAGCAUUUGGAGGGAAAGAAUAAUAUCCUGGAAGAGGAAAACUAUGUUCUGUGUAGUAAAUUGUUAGCUUUAGAGAACCUUACCUUGAUUUUCAAAUUCUUUGCAGAUGAGAAAUCUGUGGUAUUUAGAGAAAUUCGGGAUGAUUGGAAUAAACUUCACCAUACGAAUGCUGCUCUAAUGGGAAAGUUGAGCUCAACAGAGGAAAAGUUGGUAGAAUCGAAAGUUGAAAAUCUUAAACUCAACGAGAGACUACAGAAAACUGAGGAGGAGAUUAAGUUUGCUGUCACAGACAGAGAUCAGUUGAGUGUUGAGAUCGAAAAUGGUAAGAGGUUGUUGAAUGAGAUGGCACUGCAACUCCAAGAAGCAGAAGAAAAGAUAAUCCUUGUUGAAAAACAAAAACAAGAGCUAAACGAGAGUGUGGAAAGUUUGAAAGUGGACUACAAUGAGGUCAAGACGGCUUGUGGCUGCCAAGAGAGUUACAUUCUCAAACUAUCCGCAGAUAAUGAACAUUUGAGGAAGGAGAAUAAUUUGUUGACUGAGUCGAGUCAGAAGCUGGAAGCUGAUCUGCAGAAAUUGCAAGAUGAGCAUGAGUUGAAAAAAGUCCAAGAAGAAAUUUCUAGUGCCGAACUGCAAAAGAAGAUGAAUGAGAUUAAUGAGUUGGAGAUUCAAGCUGCAGAUGUUUUUGGUAAAUUGCAGUGCUUAAUGGUCAGUCAGCUUCUUUAUGAGCAGAAGUUCCGUGAGCUAAAUGAUGUGUGUCUUGGCUAUAUGGAUCAAAAUAACGCGCUCAAAACUCAAUUGGCUGCAUAUGCUCCUGAGAUUCUUUUGUUGAAGGAAUGUAUAUCAUCCCUUGAGAACCAAACUGAUAUACAUAUCAAGUUUCCGAAUCCUGAGAACGAGGAUCUGCAGUAUGCCAAGGAUGCCAACGAUACUAAUAAAUCCCGGCACCUAAGUGGCGGUGCUGCCGACUUGCACGAACUAACGGUUAGGCUCCAAGCCAUCACAAAGGCAGCAUCCGAACUAAAGGACCUAAUGCUUCAAGAAAACACCAAUCUCCACUCCAAGCUACUCGACACCACAAAACAACUCGAGUCCCUACAGUCCGAAAACGGGCAUUACCGUCGCAACAGACGCGUGCCCACUUCUGAGAUCAUCGAGGCCGAAAGUACCCUUCUUACCAAAGACAUCGUCCUCGACCAGGUAUCCGAUGGCUCGUCCUAUGGCCCCAGCAAGUCGAAGAAAAUAACCGAAACCGUUGACUUCCACCGUCUCGAAUCAAUCAAGAAACAGAAAAGUACGUUUCCACCCGCGGACAAGCUGGAAAUGUCGAACGAGUCUUUUAAGAAUGGGAACAACAACAACCGGAGGGUCCUGGAGAGGCUCGACUCGGACGUGCAGAAGCUCGUGAAUCUCCAGAUCACUGUGAAGGACCUCAAGAGGAAGCUGGAGGCAACUGAAAAGAGUAAAAAGGGAAAAGCGGUCGUGGAGUGCGAGGCUCUCAAGGGGCAGCUCGAGGAGGCCGACUCGGCCGUUACGAAGCUGUUGGAGCUGAACGGGAGACUGAUGAAGAGCGUUGAUGACAGGUCGUUUUCUUCAGAAAAGUCAAUCUCGUUUGACUUGGAGAACGAGGGUGCCACGAGAGUGUCGAGGAAUGCUCGGAGGAUGUCGGAGAAAAUCGGGAGGCUACAGCUGGAGGUGCAGAGGCUGCAGUUUGUUUUGAUGAAGAUGGAUGAUGUCAAUAAGGAUGGGAAGAAUGGAAUGUGGGAAGGGAAAAGAAGGAUUUUGCUGAAGGAUUAUCUGUAUGGAAGGACGACGGGCCAGGGGCAGAAGCGUAAUAAGACGCGGUUUUGCGCGUGCGUACAGGGCUCGGCUGUCGAUGAUGAGUGA